CGAUUACAAAAAUCUAUAUUCUUAAAAAAACCGAUGUUUUAGAGCUUCUAAUGGCUAUUUCUUAUAUUUUCUUAGUAAGUCGUCAAGGAAAGGUCAGACUUGUCAAAUGGUUUAUAACAUUAAAUUCAAAAGAAAAAUCAAGAAUUUUAAAAGAAGUUUCUCAAGCAGUUCUUCAAAGACGAUCAAAAGCUUGCAAUUUUUUAGAAUAUAAAGAUACAAAAAUAUGUUAUCAUCGCUAUGCUUCUCUUUUUUUUAUUGUUGGUAUUGAGCAAACGGAUAAUGAAUUAAUUACUUUAGAAAUUAUACAUAGAUAUGUUGAAACUCUUGAUAGAUAUUUUGGCAAUGUCUGUGAACUUGAUAUUAUUUUUAAUUUUCAAAAAGCAUAUUUUAUUCUUGAUGAACUAAUUAUGGCUGGAGAAAUGCAAGAAAGUAGUAAAAAAAACAUUCUUAGGAUUCUUUCACAGCAAGAUAUGCAUGAAGAACAAGAACAAGCUGAAGAAUCAUUUAAUAUCUUAAGCAGGAGUAUAUAAAAUCUAUUAUAACCGAUAUUUUAAUAUUCAUAAAUAAUACACU